AUGUCUAAAUGUAAACAUGUUGUCCUUUCUAUGAAAGAUAAAUACGAGAUUAAUAAACGAUACUGCAUAUUAGUGGUUUACUCAAAAAGAUGCCAAGGAGAACCUAUUUCUGGCCCAAUUCUGUGUGAAAAAGCAGUUCAAUUUAACGAAAAACUAGAAGGGCCGUCUAAUUUUGAAGCAAGCACAGGCUGGUUAAAACGAUUUAAGUCAAGACAUGGCAUUCGUGAGCUUCAAAUACAAGGAGAAAAACUAUCUGCUGAUUCAUUAGCAGCUGAAUCAUUCAAAAUCAAACUAAGGGAUAUAUUGAACCAAGAAAAUUACGCUCUGGAAAACGUUUACAAUGCAGACGAAACCUGGCUUAAUUGGAAAGCUUUGCCGCGAAGAACUCUUGCUUCACGUCGUGAAUUAGCAGCACCUGGUCCUAAAAUAAGCAAGGAUCGUAUCACCGCUUUAGCAUGCGUUAAUGCUACUGGCAGUCACCGAUUGCCCACGCUUGUAAGUGGUAAAAGUAAGAAACCACGUUGUUUCAAGCACGUUAAUAUGUCUGCCAUGCCUAUCAUUUAUACUUCGCAAAAGAGUGCUUGGAUGGAUAGUACAAUUUUCGUGGAAUGGUUUACAGAAACUUUUAUAUCCUCUGUAAAAGCCCACCAAUCGAAAAAUGGUAAAAGAAAGAAAACAUUAUUGUCUCUUGAUAACGACCCAACUCAUCCAUCAUGUGAGAUCCUAAAUGAAAAAGACGAGUUUAUAAAAGUCAUGUUUUUUCCACCUAACGUGACUUCAUUAUUACAGCCCAUGGAUCAAGGCGUUAUUGAGACUUUCAAACGGUAUUAUAGAAAAGAAUUGUUACGUAAGUAG